UACCUUAUGCUAACCCCAUCUUUGAUCGUAUCACUAUUAUCGUCACCGUGACCAUCUCAAAACAACAACUGGUUUCUUCACACAAACACUCGCUCUCUGUCUCAAAUUAAUUGAUGACGUCAAUAAUUCCAACACCUGCCUUCACUUCCUACACAAACAGCCCCCGUCACAAAUUCGUCACCAUCAAAACAAACCGAUUAAACCACAAACCUUCAUCACCAAUUCUAUUUCCAUUUUCAAUUUCAAAUUCUAAGGUCUCCACUUCUUCAUUAAUAUGCUCUUGUAAUAUUAAUAAUAAUGAUAAUAAUGAAGAAGUAAAAGGAUAUAAAAAGUAUGUUAAAAAUGCUAUUAAAUGGUUUAAUAAUUAUAUGACUGGAGAUAAAAAAAUUCACAUGAAUAAUGACGAUAAGAAUAAGGAUGACGUAAUCAAGGAUAGUGGUGACGUCACUGUGGAUAGUGAGUGGGACUGGGAAAGAUGGAAGAAGCAUUUUGUUCAAGUUGAUCAACAGGAACGUCUCCUUUCUGUCCUCAAGUCACAUCUAAAGCGAGCCAUAUCGAAAGAGGAUUAUGAAGAUGCUGCUAGGAUUAAGGUGGCGAUUGCGGCAGCUGCUAAUAAUGAUACUGUUGGCAGAGUGAUGUCCCACCUGAGGAAAGCCAUAGAGGAGGAGCGUUACAUGGAUGCAGCUUUUGUACGGGAUUAUGCAGGUGCAGCUUUGGUGGGAUGGUGGGCUGGACUUUCAGAUGAUAACAAAGAUCCAUAUGGUCGUAUUAUUCGUGUAAGUGCCGAGCAUGGAAGGUACCUGGCAAGAAGUUACAGUCCUAGGCAGCUUGCUACGGCUUCAGAUGGUGCUCCUUUGUUUGAAGUUUUUCUAACAAUGAACGAUAACGGAGAAUACAAAUAUCAGGCUGUAUACUUGAAGCGCCCUGAGGUUCCCCAAGAUUUACCAGCUGUAUCUUCCAAGUCGUCACCUCUCAUUAGUAGCACGAAACUCCCAGAAAUAGUUGUUAAGGAUAUUGAAGAUAAAGAUAAUGACUAUGAAAUGGAUGAUGAUGAUGAUGGUGAUGAUGAUGAUGAUGAUAUGGCUGAGGAAUCUGCUUUUGAGAAUAUUCUGCGAGAUAUGAUUCCUGGUGCAAAAGAGUUAAAAGUUGAAGUCUUGAAUGUGACAAAACCAGAAAAAAUAGAUCGAAAUCUGAUAAAUAAGGUAGUUGAAGAAAUAGCGGAUGAAGAAGAUGAAAAAGAGAAGGAUACCGAUUCAGAAGACUUGGAUGGAACUAAUGUAGAACAAGAUGAUAUUGAUGUUGAUUCUGAUAGUUCAGUAGUUGACAGUGAAGGGAAAAGUCAAAUUGCAGUGAAGAUUAUAGUUGGUGGCUUGGUACAAAAAGUUUCCAAUGGCACAACACGUAAACAAUUAAUUCGUGUUCCAGCCAAGCUGGAGAAAAGAAGCCGCUCGUCAUUUACUUUCUCAAUAGAGAAUGAAAAGCAACUGGUUUCCUCCAGAAAUGCACAAUCUAUAAAGAAGAAAGACACUAGAAUUCGAGGUAACCGUAGCACAGAGAGUGUCAUGUUUGAUCUUGCUAAGUCCAUUGGGAAAGGGAAGAUACCCAUGAAGGUGCUCAAGGAUGUUGGUCAUAUGAUUAAUCUUACCCUUAAUCAGGCUAAGAAUCGUCAACCCUUAUCUGGAUCUACAACCUUUAACCGAAUUGAUCUUCCGAAGACUAGUGACCCGUUAAAUGGAUUAUAUGUCGGUGCACAUGGGCUUUACACUUCAGAGGUCAUUCAUCUAAAGCGAAAAUUUGGCCAGUGGCAAGAAGAUGGUGGCAUGAAGGAGCCUUCAGCUCUUGAAUUCUACGAGUAUGUAGAAGCAGUGAAGUUAACAGGGGACCCUUAUGUGCCAGCUGGACAGGUAGCAUUUCGUGCAAAAGUUGGAACACAGUAUCAACUUCCUCAUAAGGGGAUCAUUCCAGAAGAAUUUGGAGUGAUUGCUCGAUAUAGAGGACAAGGGAGGCUGGCAGAGCCAGGUUUUGAAAAUCCUCGAUGGGUGGAUGGUGAACUUGUUGUUCUAGAUGGAAAGUACAUCAAAGCAGGUCCUGUUGUGGGAUUUGUAUAUUGGGCCCCUGAAUAUCAAUUCUUAGUGUUCUUUAAUCAGUUAAGACUGCAGAACUAGGAUGUGCUUUGCAUAUGAACUUCAGUUAUCUUUUCUUUCCAAUCAGAUUUGUAGUGUCACCUGAUUUCCUUUCCCAUGUAGUCCUAUGAGUGGAUCAGUGAGGUGUAUGCAACUUGCAGCUGGCCUAUAUUUCUUGGAACACUCAGCUUACAAACAUAGCCAUAGCAUUUUGUAGCAUUGAUACAUUGGAUGUAUGUGCAGUUUUCUAGAUACAAUAGGUUUUAGGUGCCUUCUGAAGUUCUUUUUUUGACUUGGAUUUUGUGGCUUCGUGGGUCUUUUUGUGGAUAGUGGAGGAAUAAUGGAGAAGCAAUUCAUUUUUUCAUUUCUGUAUAUACGCUAUAUAUGCUGUGAAUAGAAACUAUUACUUAAAAGUAAGAGGAAAUAACAAUCUCCAUUUAUGGGUUCUCUCA